AUGGGUCGUGGACCAAAGAAGCACCAGAAGCGCCUCAGCGCUCCUUCACACUGGCUCUUGGACAAGCUGUCCGGUGCCUACGCUCCUCGUCCCUCUGCAGGUCCUCACAAGCUCCGUGACUGCCUACCUCUCAUCGUGUUUCUGAGGAAUCGCUUAAAGUAUGCCCUCAAUGGACGCGAAGUCAAGGCUAUUGUCAUGCAGCGCUUGAUUAAGGUUGAUGGCAAAGUCCGCACCGACCCUACCUACCCAGCCGGCUACAUGGACGUCGUCUCUAUUGAGAAGACUGGCGAGAACUUCCGUCUGAUCUACGAUACUAAGGGUCGCUUCACCGUCCACCGCAUCACCGAAACCGAGGCAGAAUACAAGCUUGGCAAGGUCAAGAGGGUACAACUGGGCAAGGGCGGAGUCCCAUUCUUGGUUACGCACGAUGCACGAACGAUCCGUUACCCAGACCCAUUGAUCAAGGUCAACGACACUGUCAAGAUCGACCUUGCCACGGGAAAGAUUACCGAUUUCGUCAAGUUCGACACUGGUGUCAUUGCCAUGGCUACUGGUGGUCGUAACAUGGGACGUGUCGGUGUCAUCACUCACCGUGAGCGCCACGAUGGUGGCUUCAACAUCGUCCACAUUAAGGAUGCCGUUGACAACGAGUUCGCUACCCGGGAGAGCAACGUCUUCGUCAUUGGCCGUGAGAAGCCAUGGAUCAGUCUGCCCAAGGGCAAGGGUGUGAAGCUUUCGAUUGCGGAGGAGAGAGAUCGUCGCCGGGCUCACGCUUUGGCUGGACAGUAA